UGUUAGGAGUAGAAGUUUUGGCGAGAGCUUAAGUGCAACAUAGUGAAAAAACGUUUAAGUUUUAAAUAUUAAUAACUAUCUUUUGUGUGUUCAGUUUCUUUUUAAUUGGUUACACUUAUCAAAAAAGACUGUGGAACCCUUCCAUUCUAUACACAGCUGUGAAUUGUGCUCCUAGGUUCACAUUUCCAUAGCAUGUACUCCAAAGAAAGCAAAAAAAGUUCCAUUAGCAAUCCUGGAUGGAUUCUACUUCCAGAACAAAUUGAUGUCUUGAGUAAAAAACCUUAUGCUUACAAUGCUACUGCUGGCUCCAUUUUGGAAUUACUUUUCUUGCAGAAAUUCUGGACGUGGUUUGCGAAAUAUAUUCCAACUCGAGUAGCGCCUUGUGUUCUUACUUGUCUAGGAUUGGGCAUUAAUCUUAGCUGCUGUCUGACACUCCUAUAUUUUAGCCCAGAUGCUAGAACAGAAGCUCCAUCCUGGGUUUAUGUGCUUUGUGCUGUAGGUGUAUUAUUAUAUCAAACACUUGAUGCUUUGGAUGGGAAACAAGCCAUCAAAGUGCAAGACACUCAAAUUGAAGAAGUAUAUGACCAUGGAUGUGAUGCUAUUUCAACUGUUUUUGUGGGUCUUACAACUGCCGCAGCUUGUCAACUGGGAAACUGUCCCAUCCUGAUGUUUUCAUUUUUCAUUACUUCCAUGAUUGCAUUUUAUACAACUCAUUGGCAAGAUCAUGUGACUCAUGUUAUGAUUUUUGGGAAGAUUGAUGUGUCAGAAGCCCAGUUUUCUGUGAUAACCAUUCAGUUGUUAACUGCUUUUUAUGGUCAAUCCUUUUGGCGAAAUCAGGUCUGCUUUGGAUUGGAACUGAGACAUCUUGUUGGUGCUUUAACUUUGAUGUCAUUGUUUGGAAAUAUAGUUUCUAAUGUCAGAUAUGUUCUUGGAAACAAAACUCCUUUAGACAGCUUUGUUUCAAUUCCCAGAAAAAUGAGUCCUACAAUUUGGAAUCCAGUUGUGCCAGUAUCUAUUUUGACAGUAUUUGCCUUGCAUGCAUUUAAUGCAGGCGUGUUUCAUUCAAGUCCUUGUGUAUUUGUAAUAGCUUUUGGUUUUGCAUAUGCCAAACUUUCAGUUAAACUAGUAAUCACAAAUGUAACCAGUGCAGACAUGGAUUUAUGGGACAGCAGCUUAAUAGCACCUCUUCUUUUGUGUUUGAAUACUUAUUUGCCUCUAUCAUAUAUGUUACCAAUUUCUACAGCCCUCCUUUGUGGAUUGGUUUACAACUUAAUGGACGUUGCACGUUAUUUCACUUACGUAAGUUGGGACUUAAGAGAUGCUUUAGACAUCUGGAUCUUCACCCUUAAAUACUUACCUGGACAUCCAAAAUGUCGAAAUGGCAAUAAUGGUGUGUAUAUAAAUGGACUAAAUAACAAUGAAGUGCUUUCUUCAGCUCCAAAAUUAGUGGCAGAAACGGGAGCUCAGAAGCUAAAAUGAAGUGCAAUAU